AUGAGCACCAUGCACCUGCUGACAUUCGCCCUGCUUUUUUCCUGCUCCUUCGCCCGUGCCGCCUGCGACCCCAAGAUCGUCAACAUCGGCGCCGUGCUGAGCACGCGCAAGCACGAGCAGAUGUUCCGCGAGGCCGUGAACCAGGCCAAUAAGCGACACGGCUCUUGGAAGAUACAGCUCAACGCCACCUCUGUCACCCACAAGCCCAACGCCAUACAGAUGGCCCUGUCAGUGUGUGAGGACCUCAUCUCCAGCCAGGUCUACGCUAUCCUAGUUAGUCACCCGCCUACCCCCAACGACCACUUCACUCCCACCCCCGUCUCCUACACAGCUGGCUUCUACAGGAUCCCCGUUCUGGGACUGACUACCCGAAUGUCCAUCUACUCUGACAAGAGCAUCCACCUGAGCUUCCUACGCACCGUGCCGCCCUACUCUCACCAGUCCAGCGUCUGGUUUGAGAUGAUGCGCGUCUACAACUGGAACCAUAUCAUCCUGCUGGUCAGCGACGACCACGAGGGCCGGGCGGCGCAGAAGCGCCUGGAGACGUUGCUGGAGGAGCGUGAGUCCAAGAGUAAAAAAAGGAACUAUGAAAACCUCGACCAACUGUCCUAUGACAACAAGCGCGGACCCAAGGCGGAGAAGGUGCUGCAGUUUGACCCGGGAACCAAGAACGUGACGGCUCUGCUGAUGGAGGCUCGGGAAUUGGAGGCCAGGGUCAUCAUUCUUUCUGCUAGCGAGGACGACGCUGCCACCGUGUACCGCGCAGCCGCGAUGCUGAACAUGACGGGUUCUGGGUACGUGUGGCUGGUGGGGGAGCGCGAGAUCUCGGGGAACGCCCUGCGUUACGCCCCAGACGGCAUCAUCGGACUGCAGCUCAUCAACGGCAAGAACGAGUCGGCCCACAUCAGCGACGCCGUGGGCGUGGUAGCACAGGCAGUUCACGAGCUGCUAGAGAAAGAGAACAUCACCGACCCUCCGCGGGGUUGCGUGGGCAACACCAACAUCUGGAAGACAGGACCACUGUUCAAAAGGGUACUGAUGUCUUCCAAGUAUGCGGAUGGAGUGACUGGCCGUGUGGAGUUCAAUGAGGAUGGGGACCGCAAGUUUGCCAACUAUAGUAUCAUGAACCUGCAGAACCGAAAGCUGGUGCAAGUUGGCAUCUACAAUGGCACCCAUGUCAUCCCAAAUGACAGGAAGAUCAUCUGGCCAGGGGGAGAGACAGAGAAGCCUCGAGGAUACCAGAUGUCCACGAGAUUAAAGAUAGUGACAAUCCACCAAGAGCCCUUUGUGUAUGUCAAGCCCACACUGAGUGAUGGGACGUGCAAAGAGGAAUUCACAGUCAAUGGUGACCCAGUCAAGAAAGUGAUCUGCACAGGGCCUAAUGACACAUCACCAGGCAGCCCACGCCACACAGUGCCUCAGUGCUGCUAUGGCUUCUGCAUUGACCUGCUCAUCAAGUUGGCACGGACCAUGAACUUUACCUAUGAGGUGCACCUGGUGGCAGAUGGCAAGUUUGGCACACAGGAACGGGUGAACAACAGCAACAAAAAGGAGUGGAAUGGGAUGAUGGGAGAGCUGCUCAGUGGUCAAGCAGACAUGAUUGUGGCACCACUGACCAUCAACAAUGAGCGUGCACAGUACAUAGAGUUCUCCAAGCCCUUCAAGUACCAGGGCCUGACCAUUCUGGUCAAGAAGGAGAUCCCCCGGAGCACACUGGAUUCAUUUAUGCAGCCCUUCCAGAGCACACUAUGGUUGCUAGUGGGGCUGUCAGUGCACGUGGUGGCUGUGAUGUUGUAUCUGCUGGACCGCUUCAGUCCAUUUGGCCGGUUCAAAGUGAACAGCGAGGAAGAGGAGGAGGAUGCCCUGACCCUGUCCUCUGCCAUGUGGUUCUCCUGGGGUGUCCUACUCAACUCUGGCAUUGGGGAAGGUGCCCCCCGGAGUUUCUCUGCACGGAUCCUAGGCAUGGUGUGGGCUGGUUUUGCCAUGAUCAUUGUGGCUUCCUAUACUGCCAACCUGGCAGCCUUCCUGGUGCUGGAUCGGCCUGAGGAGCGUAUUACAGGCAUCAAUGACCCGAGGCUCAGAAACCCCUCAGACAAGUUUAUCUACGCCACUGUAAAGCAGAGUUCUGUGGACAUCUACUUCCGGAGGCAGGUGGAGUUGAGCACCAUGUACCGGCACAUGGAAAAACACAACUAUGAGAGCGCAGCUGAGGCCAUCCAAGCUGUGCGGGACAACAAGCUCCAUGCCUUCAUCUGGGAUUCGGCAGUGCUAGAGUUCGAGGCUUCACAGAAAUGUGACCUGGUGACCACGGGUGAGCUGUUCUUCCGCUCAGGCUUUGGCAUCGGCAUGCGCAAGGACAGCCCCUGGAAGCAGAAUGUUUCCCUGUCCAUACUCAAGUCCCAUGAGAACGGCUUCAUGGAAGAUCUGGAUAAGACAUGGGUUCGGUAUCAGGAAUGUGACUCCCGCAGCAAUGCUCCUGCUACUCUCACUUUUGAGAACAUGGCAGGGGUCUUCAUGCUGGUGGCUGGAGGCAUCGUGGCCGGCAUCUUCCUGAUUUUCAUCGAGAUCGCCUACAAGCGACACAAGGAUGCCCGUAGGAAGCAGAUGCAGCUGGCUUUUGCGGCAGUGAACGUGUGGAGGAAGAACCUGCAGGAUAGAAAGAGUGGUAGAGCAGAGCCCGACCCUAAAAAGAAAGCCACAUUUAGGGCUAUCACCUCCACCCUGGCCUCCAGCUUCAAGAGACGUAGGUCCUCCAAAGACACGAGCACCGGGGGUGGACGCGGCGCUUUGCAAAACCAAAAAGACACAGUGCUGCCGCGACGCGCUAUUGAGAGGGAGGAGGGCCAGCUGCAGCUGUGUUCCCGUCAUAGGGAGAGCUGA